GAUGCAGGGCUCACCCACUGUCAGGCAGCCGGGCAGCCAGGCACGUCAUCAUCCUUGCAGUUUUCCUCCCUCCCACGAAGCCCCCACUGGUGACCUUACCCUCCAUUUAAGAUUGGAACCUGAUUGAUCUUGUGAGGCGUAGUUUGAGCGCUACACAUCAAAUGCCCUGUCUCUGAAGCAGUUAAUCAAGCCUAAUCAAUAAUGGUCUCGACCAGCGCAAUUGACACCUAUAAGAAUGGCUGGUUUCAUAAUGAAACAGGCUACUUGAGGUGUAACUUGCCAGAUUUCGUCGAACUUUUUCUCUCUCUCGCUCUCUCGCAUGCUUUUAAGACUUUGGAUUGUUGCAGAUAAAAGGAUCUACAAGGCUGCUCGUUCAUUUCUUCACUCCACAAGCUUUUACAAAUGAACGGAGGGCUGGCUCUUUUUUCAAAAAACGCUAAUCGUUUGUAAUCCUUUUAAUGUCUGUCACGUUGCUCUGUCAAUACACACAAGUGAGCCUGCGUGCGUGCGCGCGCGCGCGCGUGCCUGCAGCAUCCCGAGCGAGCCCGGAAGAGUGAUGGAGCUGCCGCUCGGCGCGCGCGCGCGCGCUCGCUCGCUUUCGCUCGGCCGCGAUUGCAUUGCGCUCAAAUUGAGGAUGUCCUUAUUCGACAUUCUAGGCUGAUGACUGUGAUGGCGCAGGUUGGCAUUUGCACUCAGUCCCUGAGUUGGCCAUUUCUCUCAGGUAAAGAGAUGGUUCAAGUCAAAGGGGGUGGCUGGGAGGGGCGAGGAGGGUGUGACGAGGGGUGUCUGCUUUUGUUCCACAGAAAAAGGGGGCUUGUUCUUCGCAGAGCAGCUUGACAUUUUAACCGCGCGGCGAGGAGCGCCAAGUGAGACGCUUGACAGCGGAGCGGAGCGAUGUGUGUGCGUGCGUGCGUUCGUGCGCGUGUGUAUGGCUUAGGGUUGGAAGCGGUCAGUGCGGAGGUGCACCGUCCAGUGUGAAAUUCUACCAGAGCCGAGUGGGUCAGAGUUCUGCAACCUCUCCCAAACCGGUGACGAGACCGCACCGGCGGCGGGCGCACGCAGGAUCACUCGCAACACCUGAACGCCGCACCGCGCCGCGCCGAGCGGACCACGAGGAGUGCAGGCGGGCGGAAGAAAAAAAUAAAGUCUGAUGAUACGGACGAAUUUCUAACACUAUCGGACUUCGGAAUCGGAAAAGAAAGACAGAACGAACGAACGAAAAAUGAAAGUAGAUUAACUAAACCAUGCAGCGCCUUUUCCAACAAUUCAACUCUCUGCCCGGCUUCUGCAAGUGCACUUAAGAGUUUUGCCAGCCAGCCAGCCAGCCAGCCAGCAAGCCAGCAUGAUCUGUUAGGACCAGUUGAAAUCAACUUGAAUAAGUGUGCUCUGUGGACAACAACGGACUAUGUCCGUUUGACACGAAUAUGCUCAAAAGCAAAUUGGCCGUGCGCCCGUGAGCGCUCGCUCGCUCGCUCGCUCGCAGCGCAGCACGCACCUCUGUGACUUUUGUGGAUUUCGAUCAAAUCACUUGGAGCUUGAGGGAUCUAUUUCCCGCAUGCAAUAACGUCUGGACUGACAAGUCUUUCAAUUCCUGAAAGUGCUUUUCCCUUCCAUCCAAUAUGCGACCUACAUCGAGAUGUAGAUUCGUGUUUAUACACAUAUUCGCAUUCUUCUUCUACGCUCAGGUAACCAAUCAGUCCCCGCCUAAUUUCACGCAGCAUGUAAGCGAGCAGAGCAAAGUGACGGACCGCGUGAGCCGCAGGUUGAUCCGGAUCUACCAGCUGUACAGUCGGACCAGCGGCAAGCAUGUGCAGGUCCUGCCCAACAAGAAGAUCAACGCCAUGGCUGAUGAUGGAGAUGUGCACGCCAAACUCGUCGUGGAGACGGAUACGUUUGGAAGCCGCGUGCGUAUCAAGGGAGCCCAGAGCGGCCUCUACAUUUGCAUGAACAAGAGGGGGAAACUCAUUGGCAAGAAAAACGGACAAGGGCGCGACUGCAUCUUCACCGAGAUUGUGUUGGAGAACAACUACACGGCGCUGAGGAACGCCCGUUACGAGGGAUGGUACAUGGCCUUCACCCGUCGAGGACGGCCGCGAAAAGGCUCACGGACGCGCCAGCACCAGCGUGAGGUCCAUUUUAUGAAGAGACUGCCCAGGGGUCAGCAGCCCGCGCACCCCGGCCACCGGCGACCCUUUGACUUUGUUCACUACCCCUUCAACCAAAGGACUAAACGUGCGCGCUACUCCGCAGAGCGCUGAGCAAUCCAAAAAGUGCUGAGGCAGGCAGAAGGGAAACAAACUGCCAGGCUGAGGCGGGCUGAGGCGGGCUGAGGCGGGCUGAGCCAGGCUGAGGCAGGCUGAGGCAGGCUGCUACAUUUAUCAUCACUAGUUGAUUCAUUGCUCACUUCUGCUAUAUGUAGUGGAUGUAUUCUUUUUUUUUAGACUGUAAAUAGACAAGAACUCUAUUUUUGUACAUCAGAUUUUUAAUUCCUGACUAUAAAAUCAAAAAUAGUGAGUUAUUUUUAGAAGCACAGAACUUAUUGAAUUAUUAUUGACAAGCUAGUAGAGCCUUGUUGUUUUUUUAAUCUCUCUUUUGAUUGUGUCCCUUGAACUGUAACUUGAACAGAUUGAUCGCGGUUCACUGGCCAAUGACCGUGUUCAUUCGUUCAUUUCUGAGGGAAUAUGCGGCAAACACAGGAAGCUACGUUUGAAUAUCAGCGCUGAGUACUAUUAUGACAUUAAGGUGUAAAAGAAAAAAUCCAUCUUGGACAUACUCAUUGGCCCUCCCCUCCAACUUGCUUGUUCUUUGUAUGUCUGUUUUGAUACAUAAAAAAGGAUAUAUUUUAUUUGACGUGUAAAAAAGGAUGAAAUAUUUAUUGAAAUAUGUCAUGAAAUACUGAGA